AUGCUCUGUCUGGGUCCUUCCGAAAUCUACGUGCACCUUUUUGAAACAGGAAAUCACACAUUCAUAUUAACUGCAGAUAAGUUUAUGUUUAAAUCGGAUUAAUUCGGAUAUUUCAGCAUGCUGUCUAUGUUCAAAUCGAUUCCGACGCAUAUGGAUUACAAAGGACAGAAACUUGCAGAGCAGAUUUUCCAGGGCAUCAUCCUCGUCUCUGCGGUCAUUGGAUUCAUUUAUGGUCUUAUAAUUGAGCAGUUUGGAUGGACUGUUUAUAUAAUGUUAGCUGGAUUCACUGUCUCUUGUUUGCUCACACUGCCUCCAUGGCCCAUGUACAGACAGAACCCCCUCACCUGGCAGCCUGCUUUACCCGAGGCCCCCGUAGAGAGCCGUGAAAAGCCUCAGGAGAAUUUAAAGAAGAAGAAACACAAGUAGAACACCAUCUGCUUAUCACCUGAACCCCUCUGCCCCACCCGCCCCAUGUUUCACAGACAUUGUGGACUUGCCAAAAUUGGAUAAAACUGUACGGAUUGCUCUCGUUUCAUGUUAAAUUACAAAUCUGUUUAAUAAAGAAGAUUCAUCAUUCUUA